AUGAAUGCCCGCCAGCAGGAGUACCGUCUGAGCCUGGAAAUCCGCCAAGUUAACGACGCUGUCUCCUGUAUCUUCCAUUCGCUUCUGGCCCAUAGAAGCGUUGCGAAGUUCCAAUACAAGGGCGAUUCGAACUAUUCAUUAGGAUCGCUUGGCAUUAAAGAAGUUGAAUGCGAGAACAUCGAUUUGACCUAUGUUAAAAUCAACAGUGAUGAAUUAUCAAAUCAAUUAGAGAAGGAGAUUCAAGCGUUUCUUACUGAGUUGGACACCACAGUAAAGGCAUCUCUACCACGAAGGCGUACACCUCUUAGUAGCCCGACGCUAUCCGAAACUGCAGUUCCACUUCUGGGUGCGCAGAUCAGCUUAGAAUUUUUUCAACGUCGCCCGCGCCCAUGGCCGUUGCCAGUCGAAGCUGUGGCGUGGGAGCGCUGGAUUCUGUUUCUUGACAUCUUCAAGGCUAACUCAUACGAUGAUCUUGCUCGUAUGCGAGUUUCGGUCGCUGAAAGUGUUGGAGAGAUCGUGCUACAGCUUUGCAGUUCGAUAAACAGACCGCAAUAUUUACCAAAAAUGCCUACGAGGACUGAACUAUCGAAUGUGUUCGAUUCAAAUCUGCCGGAUUGUCAGCCUUACUUAUUCAAAGUGUGCCGUGUACCCAUCCGACCAGAAACGACAUCGCAGUCUGGUCUAACUGGUAUGCGAAGAUACAUUCGUGAUCUUAUGAUCAACUAG